AUGGUGACUUCGUCGAGCAAAGUUCCACGGAAGAGGAUCUACAUCUUCGGCCAAAAUUCAUUGAAUCCUAGAAAGAAAUCCCUCAAUUCUCAAAUACGGUGGAGGGAAGAGAGAGAGCUAGAGGGUAUUUCCCGAAUGGUUACAACCCUCGAUGUUUAUAUUUCUGCGGAGGAGAAAAUAAAUGGUGAAGGGAAUUGGUAUGGGAUUCUUGGUGUGAACCCUCUAGCUGAAGAUGAGAAAAUACGGAAAAAGUAUAGAAAACUGGCUCUUCUGCUUCAUCCCGAUAAGAACAACUCUCUUGGGGCUGAUGGGGCAUUUAAGCUAGUGUCGGAAGCCUGGAGUUUGCUCUCAGAUAAAUACAAGAGAUUAGCAUAUGACCAGAGGUCCGGUACGAAAUUCCAGCCAGGAAAUCGGGCGAAAAAUGGGUGUACAUCCACACCAUCCAAGGACAAUGGAUUUUACAAGUUUGUGAAAACUGCAGCUUCAAGAAUGAGGGUUUCAAAAGGUAAUUUUGUGAAGAAGGAUGCCUCCUCAUCUGUUCAUUCACCACCUAGUAAGAAUGAAACCAAGCAACCAUCAUUUGGGUUCAAUAUUAAGAACUCGUCCAAUCACAGCAACUCCCGGUGGACUCCUUUCUCUGAGACAACUAGUGCUGCUACAGCUGUUCAAGCAGCACAUAUGGUUCAGCACGCGUAUGAAAGAGUAAGAAAAGAACGUGAGAAAGCACAGGCUGCCACGAGAAGAGAAGAGGCAAGGAGAAGGAAAAAUCAUUCCUCCAAAACAAGAAUUGAAGCUGAAUCUGGGCACUCCAAUUCAGUGAAAAGAAGAAAAGGAGUCGAAUAUUGUGGUACAAGCAAGUACAAAAUGGAUCCAGUGAGUGGAAAAGGCAAGAGAGAAAGUACCUAA